AGCAAACAAACAUAAGCUGCACCUUCUUGAUGCCACGCUUUUAAUUCCACCUUUUACUCACAACGCACACGACUACCAUAUAUAUAUAUCUGUUUUCCUUCUCAUAUAUAUAUAUCUAGAGAUCUUUUAAGACGAUCAAGUGCAUCUGUACCCCCUUUUUUCUGUUAUUAUUGAUAGUUACGGCCCUCUUUUGUUUUCCCUCACAAACACAAAAAAUAGUGGACACCAUCCAGGUCAUCUUUUUCGAAGUGUUUUGGCUUCAUUCUUUUCCGCUCUUGAGAGAAAAAAGAAAAAGAGUUCUGCCUUCGUGUCGUCGUUUCGGGCGUCUAUAUUAUCAUCAUAGUUUGUUUUUCUAACAGCUUUACUGUUAUCACCAUUAUCACCACAUUUCUUUUUCCCCUCUCAACACUGUACAUACACCUUUGAAGAAGUGCUACUACAACUGACUUUCUGCGGAAGAAAACCCCCUUUUUUGUUUACGCUAUCAGCAGGUGGCAAGGUCCGUAGCUCGUGUGCUAAGACUCCCAUUUUAACAAAAAGGAAUCUGGAGCACCUGUGCACGUGAUGCAAACACCCACGUUGUUGAAGUCAACUACCGUGAUUCACGUCUCUUGACACCAGAGCAACCAGAAGUGGCUACAGCUGUUUUGUGUUUACUUCCUUGUUGACGUUCGUCGAACAAAGAUUUGCGCUUAGAAGUGUGCACAGACCGCCUUCCUGUUCGUUUGUGCGCUGCUUUUCCUUUCCUUUCCUUUCCUCUUUUUUUUUCUGGUUUGAGCGAGUGGUGCCGCUUCAACUUUCUCGCGUCUUCUCCUUUUCGUGUCUCAGCAUCGCUUCUGUGUUGGCGGCUCGCUGUCCGCCCUUCGUUGCGAGGCAACUGACUGUGUUACGUCUCUUCCCUUUAUUUAGUUUAUUUGAGGAGAUUACUGUAGCUGUGGUUUUUGUUCCUAUUGUUUUUUUCUAGGUCUGUUGUUCGUGUGCGCGCGUGUGGGGAAUACGCAAGCAAGCCGCCCCGCCCCUCCCCCCUCCCCCCCUUUCAUCGCCAAUGAUCCCCGCUCUGAAUAUGACCAAAAUACACCGCAGCCCCCCUGCCAAUACCUUCAGCGGUGGCGGCAGCGGUGGCGGUGGUGGUGGCGGGGUAGUGGGCCAGGGCAACGUGUCUCGCCUGCACAUGAGUCGGCAGAUGUCCCCGCGCACGCCGAACGUGACCUCGCCGAGCGAUGCCACAUCCAGUCAGCCCUCUGCUCACCUGACCCGCCGCGCGGCGGAGGUCACACCUGUUUUGGAGAUGAAUCCCCUGCAGUGUCAGAACGUCAGCGAGUUGCAACGGAAGCUGAUUGACACGGCGGAGUGGGUGAUGAAGCUUCGCUAUUACUACGCGGCGCAGUUGCAGGAGCGCGAUCAGUGGCUCGAGGCCCGCCUGCGCCACUUCGAGAAGUUCUACGCAGAUGCUGUCAAUGCCGCGGCGGAGGCGCGUGUGGCAUCCACCACCCCCACCACAGCAAGUGCGAACGGCAGCCCCGUUGACAACGGCGCACCGGCGACCAUCUCCACUUCGAAAAUGGCCGGCUUCAGCGGUGUCCCGCACCGCUCCGUCAGUGAGGCGAGGGCGACGGAGAGCGAGAAAGAUAGCACGACACCUGCACCCCGUCGUCCCAGUAAGCAGCAGGAGAACACGACGCAGUUUAGUGCGGUCAGCAGUCCACAGCCGUCCUUGCCGAACAACGCACACGCAGACACCGCCGGUGUCGCCGUGGUAGAAGACAUCAACAGCAGCGCCGCGCGUACGCGGACGAGCCAACCGAAGAAGUCAGCGGUGGUGCGCAUCCCGCGCGGUCGGCGGACCGUCUCAGUCGGCAGCGUGCGGCGGCAGCAGUGGCCGCUCGACGGCGCCAACUCGUCGCAUUUGAGCGGGGUGGUGUUGUUGGCCGUCGAUCGCGGGGAGUCGCGGCCGACGCGUGCGGCGCGCAGCACGGCAGAGACCGACAUUAACAACACUAGCAGCGGCAGUGCGAUCACGGACGGUACCGGUGGCGUCGCACAUUAUCGCGGCCCACCCGAGCUCGCUGCUGUGCGAGGGACGCCGUCAUCUAACUUAGUUGUCGAGGCGGACGGGCCUCGGUUGGACGUGUUGGCGGCUACGGCACCCACCACGAUGCGUCCAGGGAAGAGCGCGCUGCCCGACACGUUGUCCUCAAAUCACGUUUCCUUUUCCGGAAGGGAGGCAGACCGGCGGAAGGCGGAGUCGAGCACCUCGCGCCGACGCUGUUACUCCUCCUCGCCGCGGGCGAUGACUACCGACAUGUCGGCGACGGCACCGCCGCACUCGCAGUACCUCGAAGCCGGCUUUGGAUUGAGACGUGAUGUACACCUCAGUAGCACGGCGCCGACCUCUCGAGAGAACAAUGGGCUGCACACGAGCGUGGGCUCGCCGGAGCCGGCACAGAGCCGCACCCCGCGGGAGGGUGGGAGUUCGCUGUUUCACCUCUUUGGCAGCGGUAGGAGUCGGCCGGGCAGAGUGUACAGCACGAGCCGGCCCUCGCAGGCAAGCCGGCGCACCGCCUCUCGCGGGCUUUCGGGUCGGGUAAAGCAGCGGAGCACGAGCAGCACCAGCGUGAGUUUGCAAAGCUCACCAGCCCGCACGCACACCCUAUGA